UGCGCCUGCCCCGGGAUCGUGCUCCGGCUGGAAAUUAAACCUGCGCCGGGCCAGGGGCACGGGCUCCUCCGGGGGGCGGCGGGUUUCCUGCAACCGGCAGUAGGGCUGGAAUCCCCCCGCCCCGAAGGCGAGCCCCCGGCUGGGCAGGAAAAGGGGCCCCGGGAGAAGGGAGGGAGCCGGAGAAGAAUUUGGCUCGUCCGAUGUUCUUUGAUUGUUUGUUCCAUUUCUUUACAAAAGCGCCGUGAGUUCCCUUCUGCCCCGCAAUGCAUUGGAAAGCCGAGAACGUGAAGGAAGAACAUUUGUACCUGCAGGACCGUCCCGAUGGGCUGAAUGGGACCUCCACCGGCGGCCGCCUCUCCCAGCUCUCCUCCCUGAACCAGGCGGCUUAUUCCUCGGCUCCCCCGCUCUGCCACACACCGGCCUCGGACUUCCAGCCGCCCUACUUCCCGCCGCCCUACCCGCAGCCCCCCAUGCCCUACUCGCAGAGCCAGGAGGCCGGCUACCCGCACCUCGGGGACCCGUACAGCACCAUCAACCCCAUCCACCAGCACCAGCAGCCCGGCUGGCACUCGCAGCGGGCCCGACAGGAGGAAGCCGGGCUGCUCUCACAAACCCACCGGGCGCUGAGCCUGGAUCCCCGCCGGGACUACCCGGGGGUCCCCCGCCUGCUGCAUGGGCUGGCCGAUGGGGGCCACGGGCUUGGAGACGGGCCGCUGGGCCUCCACGGACUCGGACAUCCCAGCCUCGAGGACAUCCAGGCUGUGGACGAUGCUGGGCUGAAUUUACUGGAUCAGUCGGUGAUCAAGAAAGGAAUGUGCCAAGGGAUAAAUAUUAACCAUCCUGGGAAUGUGAAAGAAAGCCCUGACGUCGCUGCUGUCUGGAAGCAGCUCUGCUUUCCUAGCCCAUACGUGCCCAUCCCCUCGAAGGCGAACGGCACCACCAUCUCUGCCCUGUCGAUGAACAAAGACAGUUUGAUUGGAGGGGUGACAAAUCCCAACGAGGUCUUCUGCUCCGUGCCUGGCCGGCUCUCCCUUCUCAGCUCCACCUCUAAGUACAAGGUGACCGUCGGGGAGGUGCAGAGAAGGCUUUCCCCACCAGAGUGUCUCAAUGCCUCUCUUCUCGGGGGAGUUCUCAGGAGGGCAAAAUCAAAAAAUGGUGGAAGGUGUUUAAGGGAAAGAUUAGAGAAAAUAGGCUUAAAUCUACCUGCAGGAAGGCGUAAAGCUGCCAAUGUCACUUUGCUGACAUCGUUGGUGGAAGGCGAAGCCGUUCACCUCGCCCGGGAUUUUGGUUAUGUGUGUGAAACGGAGUUCCCAGCGAAGGCAGCAGCGGAAUACCUGUGCCGUCAGCACUCCGAUCCCAGCGAACUCCACACCCGGAAAAACAUGCUUCUGGCUACCAAGCAAAUUUGUAAAGAGUUUGCAGACUUGAUGGCCCAGGAUCGUUCUCCGCUUGGGAACAGCCGCCCGUCUCUCAUCUUAGAGCCAGGUGUCCAAAGCUGCUUGACUCACUUCAGCCUGAUAACCCACGGCUUCGGGGGCCCAGCCAUCUGCGCAGCACUCACAGCCUUCCAGAACUACCUGGUGGAGUCCCUCAAGGGGUUGGAUAAAAUGUUCAUGAACAGCACAGGGAAUGGGCAUGCGGCCGGAGACUCUAAAGCGUCAGAGAAAGAAGUGAAGCAUCGGAAAUAACAUGCUGUCUCCCUACCCCUCCCCUGGGGGGAGCUCUUCCCAGCUCAUGAUAGGAGGUCUGAUCUUAUUGGUGUUGGAAAAAAAAUAUUAAGACCCAGUGCAACAUGUUUUCCGAUGUUUGAACUUGGGACGCAACUCUUAAAGCAAACAAAUAAACAAGAAGAUUUAAAGAAUUGAAGAAGAAGAAGAAGAAAAGAACCUUAAUGGACAUCACUGAGAUCGAGAGAAUGAGACAGGUUGAUGGCUUUUGUUUAUUUUAAUUGUGGAUGCAGGAAGCCAAGUCAUGUGCAAUUUUAUUUUGUUUUUUUAACCCACAACGAAAUACUGAAGUGCUCCAGGAGUCUGUUCAAACUGAAACACCGAAAAAUCAAUAGCGAGGAAAGGCCUCAGCCAUUCAAGAUGUUUUUGAAACUGAGGCAGAAGUAAGUCAGGUGGGAUUUUUUGUAUUGCGGGCAGAUCUGGAUGUAUAACCUGCCUUCAACAGGCAGCCAGGGAAUCUUCCAAUGAUGCCACCUACACAAUAGUCCUAUGCCCAAGACAAGAGGAAAAUCACCAGCGUUCCUGCCUUGAUUUUCAAGAGGUUUCAAGACUUUGUUUACAGUUUGCAACAAACUGACACUCACUACAGAUUUUCUCCAGGGCCUAUGGAACCCUGAGCCAUGUCAGGAGAACAAUCUUACACUCAGACUUCUUUCCAAGAUGGGAAUUGAUCAACGAGAACCUUCUGGAAUGUUACAUGCAAGCCAAUGGGGUCAAGCAGGUUAAGUUACACCUGGGACUAAAUAAAACGCCACGAUCUACAAAUAACAGCACACAGGUUUCUAAAAUUAAUAAUAAUAAUAAUUAAUAAAGCACAAGGAGCAGAACUUGAACCAGGCCAAAUUGAACUGAACUGUUCUAAAUCUGUACAUAUUUAUUUAUGUGUAAUUAAAUCUGAAAGUUUUAAAAUGUCCAGUGCAAGUUAUUUAUAUCUAAUUGAAUUGGGAUUCUUUUUUUUUUUUUUUUUUUUGGAAAGAGGAAAGUCUUUGGAUUUUCUGCCAUUAGAAAUGGGAAUGAAGUUUUGGAGUCACAAAACUGUAGCAUGGGCAGCAGGCUGUGAUGAUAAUGACCAUAGAAGUUCUGCAGGGUUUUGUACUUGCUGUUGUUUCUCUGAAAGCUGCAAUCGAUGUACAACACACCACAGUGUCAUUCUCAUUAUCUUAAUAAACCUCUUUUUAUUUGAAGAAAACA